GACAAAUUUAACGUCGGUUUUAGCCGUCGCUAUUUCUUAUUUUGCGAGUCGGUUCAAUGCGGGUGCAAAGCCCUCGAUACUCGAUAGACCUGCAUGAUUCGAUUGGGUCUUGUUUGAAAUGAAGAACGCCACAUCCACAUAAACGAAAAAGAAAGAACGCGUAGGUAGGGUUGACGAGUGGUUUCAUAAUCUUGGAAAACACCCAGAAAAGCCAGAGAUGACUGAGAUCUCACGCCGGAUUUUCUUGCGCUUCCUGUUGAUAUUCUUUUCAAUUUUCCUUCAAUUCCUCCCUGGCUUCUCAGAUGAUUCAGAUUCCCAAAAAGAUACAAAAGAUAAUGAUGCUGAUGCAUCUUCACGCUCUUUGAAGAAGAUGAUGAACUUGAGCUCGAACUUGGUCUUCGUGACUGAUGGAGAUGUAAAUGGAGGAGGGGACUUUUCAAGUACCCAUAACAGGAAAUGGAGCAAUUUUACACAUUAUUAUGAGAAAGCAUUAAAUCUUCUCAUUAGGUUUUGUAUCAUGUAUAUUCAUAUGACCACGAUAUACUAGUUUUCCCCUUUUUUUUCUCUUUCUUGUUUGUAUAUUGAUUACUGAAAGAACAUUGUUCUUUUGUAUGAAAUGUUGCAACUUAACUUGAUUUCUACCAAUGGAAUAGGAAAAAGGAAUUGGACAUUUGAU